UAAUCCUCUUUAAACUCCAGUCAGCAGAGGCGGAGCCGGAGCUCUCCCGGUGCUUCGCAGGUCCCCGGCCCCGGAGACGACACUUCACGGCCCCGCGAUGUGCGACAGGCGGCGGUCACCGUAGAGGAGCUGCCCGGUCGCUGCGGUCGGAGGAGGCAGAUGCGGCUGUGGCCAUGAGUUGUUCCGGGAAGCGGAGCGUUCAGGCGGCGUUGAUCCUCGUGUGUGUCGCCCAGCUGACUGCAGGUCUGAAGUGUGUGUGUCAGCUCUGCGUCAACCACACCUGUGAGACCAGCUCAGGCGGCGCCUGCUGGAACUCGGUGAUGCUGAUUGACGGGAGGGAGGAGACGGUGAAGUCCUGCCUGUCGCCCACCGAGAUGAAGGGCCAGGUCUUCUGCCUCAGCUCGCGCAACGUCUCCAAGAGGAACUGCUGCUUCACUGACUUCUGCAACAGUGAGACUCUGCACCUACACACAGAGAGGCCUUUGGAAGAACCUGAAAGGUGGAGCAGGCUGCAGCUCUCGGUGGUGAUCCUGGUGCCGUCCUGCCUGCUGUGCGUGGGGGUCCUUCUCGGCGUGUUCGGCGUGCCGGGCCACUACUGUGCCUACAGUCGAGCCCACAAGCACGACCCCGAGGAUCCCCUGGACGACCGGAUGAUCAUGUCCGGGGACAAAUGUCUCCAAGAUCUGAUCUACGACAUGAGCACCUCAGGCUCUGGAUCAGGCCUGCCACUGCUGGUGCAGAGAACCAUAGCUCGGACCAUCGUGCUGCAGGAGACCAUUGGGAAGGGUCGAUUCGGUGAGGUGUGGCGGGGCAAGUGGCGAGGGGAGGAUGUGGCGGUGAAGAUCUUCUCCACCAGGGACGAGAGGUCCUGGUUUCGCGAGGCAGAGAUCUAUCAGACGAUCCUGCUCCGACACGAGAACAUCCUGGGAUUCAUCGCUGCAGACAGCAAAGAUAACGGCCUGUGGACUCAGCUCUGGCUGGUGUCGGAGUACCACGAGCACGGCUCCCUGUACGAUUACCUGAGCAGGUACACGGUGUCGAUGGAGGGCAUGGUGGUCCUGGCCUUAUCAAUAGCCAGUGGGCUGGCACAUCUCCACAUGGAAAUCAUUGGCACCCAGGGGAAACCGGCCAUCGCUCACAGAGACCUCAAGUCCAAAAACGUCCUGGUGAAGAACAACGGCACAGCAGUCAUUGCAGAUUUGGGUAUGGCCGUUAAACACGACUCCAACACCAACACCAUCGACAUACCGCCCAACCACAGAGUGGGAACCAAAAGGUACAUGGCCCCAGAAAUUCUGGACGAGACGAUCAAUAUGAGCAACUUUGAAUCGUUCAAGCGAGCGGACAUCUACUCGCUCGGCCUGGUGUUCUGGGAACUGGCCCGAAGAUGCUCUAUUAGGGGACUUAAUGAAGAUUUCCAGCUGCCUUAUUACGACCUUGUGCCUUCAGAUCCGGCGGUCGAGGACAUGAGGAAGGUGGUCUGCGAUCAGAAGCUCCGACCCAGCAUUCCCAACCAGUGGCAGAGCUGUGAGGCGAUGCGUGUAAUGGGCAAAGUGAUGAGGGAGUGCUGGUACGCCAACUCCGCCGCUCGACUCACUGCGCUGCGGGUCAAGAAGACCGUCUCUCAGCUGUCCAUGAUCAAGGAUGUCAAAGAAUAGCUGGAACCAGUGCAACAAGAGGAACUGGGAGCAAACUGUCCUCUCUCUCUAACGGCCUGAUGCUGCCCCCUUCAGGACGUGACCACACUGUUCACCCUCACAGAGCUUUCAGGUUGUCGUCAGUGCCAAAGUCUUGCAGGCGGUGUGUGAUGCUGCUCUGCACGCACACAGCUAAAGCCACCUAUCUGAACCAAACAGCUCAACCCUAGGUAGGAAGAGCCAUAUGUAAUGAGAGUAUGUUUAAUGUAUAUAUACGUGUUAUGUUGCUACCUCACACAUUUAAGUUGCCAAAGCUUGAAGUUGCACAUUGUGAUGUUCUGUUUUCCGUGUGCCAUAUCUUGUAGCAAACACAGUGUUGCUGGUUAGUUGGUGUGCGACCUGACAAUCACAAAGGACACUGGAUUAUAGAGGAAAUCUGAUUAGUUGUAAAUGACACACAUUGAACUCUAUUGUACGGUUUGUUGAGAGCUCCAGUGGUCUCCUGGUCCAAAUACCUCUACAACUGCUGGAAUAACCUUUGAUUCAGACGUUGAUGUUCCCCUGAAGAUGAACUUUGGAUUCUCAGCCUUCUCAUCUUGCACCAAUAGAUAAAGAGAGUACAGUUGAGGUUCAUAGAGAACAGCGUCAAUUAAUGAAAGUAGAGCGUUUGGACCAAAACAACAAUUUUCUCUGGCACCACCCUCAGGCCGAACUCUUGUGUUGAACUGACUUGUAGUAAAGCUGUAAGGACUACAAAGAUGUCCCCACGUUGUAAAAGCCUCAUUAGACAACUUCUACUGUAAGAAUAUUAGUGCUGUUUAAUAUAAAAAAGAAGUUAAAGCAACACUAUGUCACUUUAACGGAGCAACAGUGCCCCCUACAGUCCCACAUGGUGAUUUACUCUGUUGGAGUCUGUGUUUCCAUAGAGAGAAAAAACAAA